AGGCACGAGUCACGGACGAACGAGAGCACCGUAUGGAGUCAAUGCGGCACGAGAGAGAGUCUCGCACCGAAAGCCGCCGAAGUCAAUCGCUGCAACAUGCGGAUGAACGCCUGUCCACAAAGGUCGGAGACGGGAUCAAAUUUAACAUCACGUUUGAGAAUCUGAGCUAUGGCGUCCACGUGGACGGUAAGAGUAAGGAACCCAAGUGGCUGCUGAAGAAUGUGACAGGCUCUAUCAAUCCGCGGCAAAUGACAGCGCUCAUGGGUCCCUCAGGUGCUGGUAAGUCUACAUUGCUAGAGGUUCUCGCUGGACGCAAGUCCACGGGUGUAGUUGAGGGCAGCCUGCUGUUCAAUGGCAAGGAAAGAACAAGGGAGAUGAAGCGAUGGUUUGGCUUUGUUGAGCAGAGAGAUUCGCUCAUUGCUACAAUCACUGUCCGGGAAACUCUGAUGUAUACGGCCAGGCUAAGAAUGAAGGCCAAUGGACUGAAUGACGAGGGCGACCGUAUGCUGCAAGAUGAACGGGUCGAUGAAAUCCUCAGCCUAUUGGGACUACAAGGGUGUGCCGAUGUGAUUAUUGGAGAUGAGGGCAAUCGCGGUGUUUCUGGGGGUCAAGCUAAGCGUGUAAAUGCAGGUAUGGAGCUCAUCACCAAUCCCUCUAUCCUGUUUUUGGACGAACCUACAUCUGGAUUGGAUUCGGCCACAUCCCUAGACUUUAUUAGUUGUAUCAAGGACGUCUGCAAUCGCGGAGUGUGUGUGAUUUGCACUAUCCAUCAGCCCUCCACCGAUGUUUACAAACUCUUUGAUCGUUUGCUGCUGUUGGUGGCGGGUGAAGUGGUGUACCUGGGUGACGCUCAAAAUGCCCCGAGUUACUUCGAGGAGCAUGGAUUCAAAAGACCACCGAAGCAAAAUCCAGCAGAUUACUUGGUAUCUGUGACAGCUGGCCACCCUCCCAUGCUGGAAACGCCGGAAACGAAGUCGUGGCCCGAUAUCGAUCCCAAGUUCUGGGUUGAAACAUACCAGAAAUCAGCCAUGGCCGAAGCCAGGAAAAUAUCUACGAUCAAACACCGGGAUGAAGUCACGCGGUCUGAGCUCAGCCGUGAUGUCGAUCUCUACGCCAACGGGUUCUACUACAAUACCGCUGUCCUCACUCAGCGCGCAUGGGACUCGGCUAAACGCGAUAAGUCCUUCUUCUUCAAGCGUGUGAUUGGCGCUAUCAUGGUUGGGAUUAUCUUCAUGUUGGCCUAUCUCUCGCCUGGAUACGACCAGGCAGCCAUCCGUGCUAAGCAGUCGGUGCUGAUGUUGUCGCUGACGUACUUCAUAUUUAGUUUCAACGCCAUUGUUGGGCCUACAAUUCAAAGCCGUGACUACAGUGUGAGAGAAAUCAACGCCAACUCUUAUUCUGUGCAUAGCUAUUUCUUAUCGACAGUCAUCUUUGAAUCUCCGUGGAAUGUCGUAAAGGCCGUGUUGUGGUCAGUUGUAAUAUACUGGGCGUGCGAUCUCAAGCGCGAAGUGGGAGCCUUCUUCUUCUUCAUGAUGGUCACGUUCUUCAUUGCGGAGACCGGUCUGAAUUUCGCGCUGACGUUCUCGUUCUUCUUUCCCACGGCCGAUGUCGCCUCCAUGGCAAUGGUCACCUUACCUUUACUGUUCAUGCUGUUCUCGGGAUUCUUCAUCGCGAGACCUGAUAUUCCUGACUACUGGAUCUGGGCGUACUACAUUUCUUUUGUUAACUAUGGACUUUCCGCCUAUCUUUUGAACGAGUUCUCAGGCAAUUACGAGUAUUGCGGAUCGUACAACUAUACAAUAGGGUCUGAGCCUUUGUAUGCGUACACGCCAUGUGACAGCGACGUACCGUACAACUUUUCGUCCUUCACAACCAAUAUGACACUUCCGUACACCAUCCCACCUGAUGAAACAAUCAGCGGCAUGGGUAUCCCCCUCUCAGGCUUUCAGUCGGAUAUGUGGCAGAAUUUUGGCAUGAUACUGGUGAUUUGGGCCGGCACUCGCGUCCUGGCCUUCAUGGCUCUGCGGUUCGUCAAGCACGGGCGUAUGGAUUAGAAGAGCUCCAGCCCUAUAGGAUGUAAUUUUAUCUAGAUUCUUCAGGCGAGAGAUAAAAUGGAGUAAAAUAUGGUAGGAUGAUCCUAGAGUCCAUAUCAUAUGGUAUCGUGAUGUUCACUGCACAAGGAUAUUGUACGAGAAAUAUAUAGAUUGCCAGGGAAGAAGUUGUUUUUUGGUCGAGCAACUGUAUGCUAAAUGCUUCGGUAUUUGGUCUAUGGCUACUUUGAGAUUUGAGGUUGUUUCGUACCGAAGGUGAUGUUAAUGGAUGUGGUAGCACACCACAGCGCUUACAAUGCCAACACCAACUCUGUAGUAAUCGCCAGAAAUUUAAAUGCAAUAAAUUAGUCUUCACUCAACACUCAGGCAACCCUCAAGAAUAUAUUACCUUUGACGCAGGGUAAAGUGAGUGUUGCUACCAAUCUGUAA